CCAGAUUUAGAUUUUACAUGUCAACAAUUUAAAAAGGGAUCAUUUUACCCGACUUAUAGACUUUUCUAAUUCGUCUCUUCCUCAAAAAUGUUCCAUCUAGUUACACUACUAUUAUUCAACUUUUGUCUUAUAUCGGCAUGGUCACCAACUGAUUCCUAUGCCCCGGGCGAAAUUGCCUGUCCAAAAAACUACAAUGGGGUACGUUUGGCAGACCAAUUAUCUAACGAAGAAUCCGAUUGGAUCCAACUGCGUAAUGAGAUCACUGAUAAGAAUUUAAUUGAGUUUUUAAACCAUGCCAAUAUGGACGAUUUUGAUGCUGAAAAUUUCAUCACUGGCUUGAACCGUUCGAUUAAGAUCGGCCUUGCAUUUAGUGGAGGUGGGUACCGUGCCAUGCUUUGUGGUGCUGGUCAAUUCUCAGCUUUAGAUAACAGAACUAGGGGUGCUUGGGAACAUGGUCUUGGGGGGUUGGUUCAAGCUUCCACGUAUAUGGUAGGGUUGUCAGGAGGAAAUUGGAUGGUGGGAACAAUUGCUAUGAACAACUUUACACACGUGGAAAAAAUUAUUGAACAAGGUACCAUUUGGGAUUUAUCUCUGUCUAUCAUUAAUCCUGGAGGAUGGAAAAUUUGGAAAACUGCAUCUACUUUUAAACUGAUUGAUGAUGACUUGGAUGAUAAGAAGGAUGCUGGGUUUGAACUUAGUUUGACUGAUUUUUGGGGAAGAUCAUUAUCUUCUCAAUUCUUUGCUGGAUUGGAUGAUUUCGGGGCAGCAUUGACAUGGUCAAAUUUGCAAAAUGCUGAUGUUUUCACCAAUCAUGAAAUGCCAUUCCCAAUUGUCGUGUCUCUUGGUAGAGAACCAGGAACUCUUAUCGUUAGUAUCAAUUCUACUCUUUUCGAGUUCAAUCCCUAUGAGAUGGGUUCUUGGGAUCCAACAUUGUAUCAAUUCACCCCAGUGAAGUAUCUUGGUACUGAGUAUAACAACGGAAAUCCUGUGAAUGAUACCUGUAUUGGAGGAUUUGACAAUGCUGGUUUUAUCAUGGGUACUUCUUCAACUUUAUUUAACCAAUUCCUUUUGCAAAUUAAUACCACUAGUAUUGCUUCAACCGUGAAAUCAAUCAUCACUACUAUUCUUAAACGUGUUUCCCAUAAGGAAGAUGAUAUUGCGAUAUAUAGACCUAACCCAUUCUACAAUACUAGUGCAGCCAUUGACAAGAUUUCCAAGAAUGACACUCUUUUCUUAGUCGAUGGAGGUGAAGAUUUACAAAAUAUCCCUCUCGCACCAUUAUUACAACCAGAACGUGAUGUUGAUGUUAUAUUUGCAUUUGAUAAUUCCGCCGAUACCGAGUAUUCCUGGCCCAAUGGGACAUCCAUGAUUGCCACGUUCGAAAGACAAUAUAAUAGACAAGGGGUUAAUGCCAGUAUGUUCCCAUAUGUUCCAGAUUCACAAUCAUUUAUAAACUUGAACCUUACUUCAAGACCAGCAUUUUUUGGAUGUGAUCUGAAAAACCUUAGUACUAUCCAAGCCCAAACUCAUAACCCCACUUCCGCUUUCUCAUCUCCAUUGAUUGUUUAUACUGCCAAUCGUCCAUUUUCAUAUUCGUCCAAUACAUCCACAUUCAAGAUGUCUUAUGAAAACGGUGAACGUGAUGCUAUUAUCCAGAACGGAUUUGAAGUUGCCCUGAGAAAUAAUAUGACAUUAGAUGAUGAAUGGAGAGCUUGUGUAGGAUGUGCUAUUAUUAGAAGAGAGCAGGAACGUCAAGGACAAGAACAAUCAGAACAAUGUAAGCAAUGCUUUGCGAAGUAUUGUUGGGAUGGUAGCUUGGACCGCACCUCUCAAAUUAAUGCCAACUUUACUGAUAAUGGCUCUACAGAAGGUCAUACUAAAAUUGCUAUAAGAUCCCUAUGCAAAAAUUAUGUUAUUAAAAGAGCUUGCUCUAUUACUAUGUUUGGAAAUAAGGAUACGGGAGAAGAUUAA